AUGCUGCCGCCGACGCCAAGUAAGAGUCGAUACUUUGGCCGCUCGGCUAAUAUCAAUUCGGUGAUUCCCCCGUUGAACUCUGGUAAGUUGAGUCUAUUGGCCACUUUGAACGAUGAAAAUCAUAACUCUGAAGAGUCCGAGUGGCCCUCCGAGGAUGAGACACUUGCCGGUAAUGACUCACCGAUCAAGUCUCGCUAUUUCGGCCAGCGUGGCAAUGAUAAAGUAAACGAGAAGCCAUUGGUGUCUCGCCUGAUCCUGUAG